CUGUACUAUGAAACAACUAAAACUACGGACGUGAGCACUCUCAUUUCCUCUCUGAUAGUAUAUAUAAUUAACUAUAACCUGAGAACAUUUUAUAAGUAAGAACAACAAUACAUCAAAUAAUAAAUAUUUAUUUAAAAAUUAACAUGCGAACAACAACUGAUGAUGAUCCAUAUGCUCAUGUAGCAAAAGGACCAUUGAAACUUAAAAAUGAUCAAAGUGUGAUUAAAAAAAAAAAGAAUAAAGAAGGUAAAAAGAAGAAAUUAGUAGAAGUGACAAAAAUUAUGGAAGAAGACCAAUCUAAAGUAAUAGAAAUUAAACGAACGAAAGCUGAAAUAGCAUUUCAAAAGAUGCAAGAAAAGAUGCAAACUGAACGAAUAAAACAAAAGGCUUCAAUGACACACAAACAACGGGUAGAAGAAUUUAACAGACAUUUAGAUAGUUUAACAGAACACUUUGAUAUACCAAAAGUCAGCUGGACAAAAUAAAUUCUUUCUAUGCUUUA